AUGCGAUUAGAUGCAGACUCGGACGCGUCGUGCAUCAGUCACCGCGUCACGAACGUUGGUUUUGUUGAUAUUUCUCCCCACAUCCUUCUAAACUCGCUGCAAACCAUGGACCCGGAGAUCCAAACUAUAAUCACGAACUUUUGGCAGACUCUACCAAGUAUGCAACUAGACGAACUUGAUCCCGAGGACAACUGCCCGAUAUGCUUCCUUGACUUCGAAACGCUCCUUUCCUCCGAGUCGGGGACGCAAGCGGGUGUCACGAAACUCGCGUGUGGCCACAUAUUUUGUCGGAAAGAUUUGAGCGAGUGGAUUCGCAGCAUGCAUGGAAGUUGUCCGACCUGCAGACACGUUUUUCUUGACAUUCGGCCACCCUCCUCGGACGACGAAUCAGAUGGGGGUGAAUAUGUCCCUGACCCUGAUGAGCUAGAGGAGGAGGAUUCGUUCGCAUUCACUUCUGACGGUUAUACCGACAUGGAAUCCAACGGCGACGAAAUGGAGUUAGAAGACGAUGAUUGGGAGGACCGAAGUAGUUUGUCAGCUGGCGUAGAGCAAGACACCGACGAAGACACGACGAGCCUACAUUCAGAUGCCGAGGUUGUCGACGUAGAAGUAGUGGCGGAUGACGAGGAAGACUUGGAUGAUUCCCAGUCUUCGGAUGACCAAAGUCGGGAGCCCAAAUAG